GUUGCUGUCCUUCCCAGUCGGUUCCUCGCUUUCUCCCUCGUCGCACUUGGGGUUCUCGGUCUGAAGAUUCUCGCGCCGAGGGUCAACCAGCCCAAUCAGCUCGUCACCACCUGUCCCCUUCUCCUUUGAUGGCAAAACCAGGUUACUGAGACAGUACAGCUCCCUCUAACAAACCUAGGGCCGUGUACAUAGUUCCCGUCCACCUUCUGACGGUGUCUGCCUCCGCGCACAAAAAAUGAGAUGGGCAUCGCUGCCUACGCCGACGGCCAGAGGCCCGCGCAUCUACAUUUUUUCGCCUGACCCCAUCAGUGCCGACCCAACUACACCACCACGCGCAUGCCUCGCGGCGGAUAUGCGCAGCAGCAAGAAGGUUUCGGUCAUCCCUUGAGGGUGAGUCUAGCCCUGCUCGCCAGAAAGACCCCCCCCUUCACUACAACCCAUGUCUAAGCAAAAGCUUGUCGAGGAGCGAGGGGGAGAAGGGAGAUGGAUGGGCUUGAAUGGGGGUUGCCUCAGAAAGAGCAAGAAAGACGGGUGUUUCUCUCUUGGUGUGACCGGUGGCAAUAUCGAUCAGCAAUGCCGCACAGACUUUUCCGCGCCGAAAUAUGCGUGCAACAGCUUUAACCUAACCACUUCGGUGGAAAGCGGAUUUCUGUUCGAUACGGUGUCGGGAGUGCUGAGGGGGGAGGGCUUGGCCCUUGUGGUUGCAGGUGGCAAGGAAGUGGGAACAGGGGGUGGCAGUGUCGGGGGUCUGGGGGAACAUGGGCUUGAGUGGGGGUUGCCUCAGAAAGAGCAAGACGGCGGGUGUUUCUCUCUUGGUGUGACCGGUGGCAGUAUCGAUCAGCAAUGCCGCACAGACUUUUGCGCGCCGAAAUAUGCGUGCGACAGCUUUAACCUAACCACUUCGGUGGAAAGCGGAUUUCUGUUCAAUACGGUGUCAGGGGUACCAGGGAAGACGGGGCCGAGUUUUGUUUGAUUUCGGGUGGAUGAGGUUGGGGUUUUGUUCGUUUUUCUCCAUCUAAGGUUCGUGCCUAGAGUUCAGCUGUAGUAUGUAGUGUUUCGUUCGACAAAAGUUUUGUUGACUUAGAGGCAAACAUUCCUAGCUAUUGGGCAUCGAGUUAAUUUGGCUUGGCAUGACGGCCUUUACGAUCGACUUUUUAUGUAUGUCUGCAUUUAUCUGCAAUUAAUUGUCGGAGGGCAAACAAAAUAAUAAUAA